AUGGGUUCCCACCCAGAGGCAGUCAAGACAGAGCAGGCUGCAUCCGCUGCACCUCCGGCUGGCUCUGCGUCCCCUGAGAAACCCGCCCGCAAGCGUCGCCUCGAUGUCAAUCCCGAACUCAUCCUAUCGACCGAGGGCCGGAGUAAGCGGAGACGCACCCCAUCACCCGGCCCCCAAACCAAGGAAGACCCGGAUCCCAAGGAUCCCGCACGCGCGAAGCAGCUUGGCCUCCAACUUUACAACAAGAUUUCCGCGAUGCGAGAGUCAGACGGUGAAUCCAUGGCUGAACCCUUCAUCCACUUGCCCAACAAGCGACAAUUCCCCGACUAUUAUGAAACGAUCAAGCAUCCCAUGUCCCUCGAAAUGGUCAAGGAGAGGCUCGAUAAGGCUCAAUAUAACACGCUCAACGAUGUCUGCAACGACUUUGGCCAGAUUUGGAACAACGCCAAGCGAUACAACAUGCGUGAAUCCUUGAUCUUUCAGUGGGCCAAGAAGAUGCACAAGGUCACCCGCGACUUCUACAGCAGCCACACGACAGACCACGACGGAUCGGAAAGCGAGGCCGAGGAACCACCGCAGCCCACGCCCCAGCGGAAGGUCCCGCCGACCCGGACAGCCGUGUCGACUGAGGCACCCUCACCUGCCGGCCCCUCCACGCCAAUGUCCGAAACAGCUUCGUCGACACCACGGCCACACGGCGGACCGGGCACGGGAAAGAAGCGGGGUAGUUACAUGAAGGAUGGUCCCACAGUGUACAAGCUUAUCAAGCCUUGUAUGCGGGCGAUCAAGGAGGCGCGAUCAGACGAUGGCGAGAACCGAGACGUCGCCGCCAUCUUUCUGCAGCUUCCCGACCGACGGCAAUUCCCAGACUACUAUCGAGAAAUCAAGAACCCCAUAUCUCUGAACGAUAUCGAACAACGCAUGUUCGCCCGACGGUACGACUCUGCUGACGCCUUCUUCGACGAGCUCGACCUCAUGUGUGACAAUGCGAUGCAGUACAAUGAGGAUAACUCGGAGGUGUGGCGGGAUGCCCGGCAGAUUCGGGACAUUACGACGCAGCACCGUGAGCUCGUCAAGGAGCGGCUCGCUAUGUUCAAGGAGGGCGGCAAGCACAAACCACAGAUGACACCGGUGCGUCAUGUACCUCAGCCAUCACCAAUGGUCCCCGGCGCCUACGGAAUUCCGACACCUGGGUUGACGCAGCAAUUUGUCCCGCAACAGCAGCCCCCGCCGCCGAUGGCGAUACAGCAUCAACAGGCGCAACACCAGCUCAUGCAGCAGCGCCAGGCUCAGCAGCAACAGUAUCAUCAAGACAUCCUCGAGGCGCAGACGCAGGCCAUGCGUUCCCGACAAGCAUUCAUGGCGCAGCAAGCAGCUUCGCCGGCGCAGCAACCGCCAUCACCGGCUCCGCAGGCGUACCUCCCGCAACUACAGCCCGGCGUUGUGACGGAGGAGAUCGUGGCCAACCUGGACCGAUACUCUGAGGGCGAGCGGCAGAUGUGGUUCAACUCGUUGCCACCGCUGGCGCAGUCCAUAUACAAGCAGAUGGUGGCUGCGAACGAUGCGCGGAAGCGUGGCGUGCCCGCCCCCGCCCCUUCAGCGCAAACGCCAAAACGGCCUGAGCUCGAGCUCCAAACCCCUCCGACAGUGAAGCACAUCGACUUGGCGUAUGGGUUCGAGGGCGUCGUGGGCCCCAGUGCGAUCCGGUUGACGAAUUACAAGGGCCUGUUGAACCACGCCGUGCUCGUUGGCGGACACGUGUCGAGCUUGCAGCUCACGGCGUGGUUGGAUAUCGAGGGCGGUACUCCGGGCUCUGAGCGGCCAGAACUCAGUCUCCGCGUCAACGGCACGGCCGUUCCGAUACCGAAACCCGUGUAUGGGGAAGACGGAGAUAAGCCCGCAGGCAUGCGGUGGACUGUCCCCAUGUCUCGUGUCGAGACCAAGAUCGAAGUCGUCGCUAAGAACGCGGCGAAGCCGGCAGAGACGAGCGCCAUCUUUGUCAAUCGCCAGUUCUAA